CCCCGCGUCAUAUUACGUCAUCCAGCAGCAGCACCUUCCUUACAUGGAGAUCGAUCGAAAACAACAGCGACAUCGCGUUUUCGAACAUCGCAAGUAUGCCACCUCCUAACAACAGAAAAGAUAUCCUCGGGAAUCUGCGCAAGUCGAUUGACAAUGGGGAGCUGAUUGUGGGGGCGGGUGCAGGCAUUGGCCUCAGCGCAAAAUUCAUUGAGCAAGGUGGCGGAGACUUGAUCAUCAUCUAUAACAGCGGGCGGUAUCGCAUGGCAGGUCGAGGCUCCCUUGCCGGUCUGAUGCCAUACGGAAACGCGAACGAUGUUGUCCUCGAGAUGGCUGGCGAAGUGCUACCCAUUGUCCAGAGGACACCGGUCUUAGCUGGAGUUUGCGCAACAGAUCCCUUCCGGUCAAUGGACAGAUUUCUGGUCCAACUCAAGGAUCUGGGUUUCGCAGGUGUCCAGAAUUUCCCGACAGUUGGUCUCAUCGACGGCACCUUCCGGCAGAAUCUGGAGGAGACGGGCAUGAGCUAUGACGCAGAAGUCGAGGUCAUGCGGAAAGCUUGCGAGCUUGAUCUUUUGACCACACCGUACGUCUUCAAUGUCGAAGAAGCUAGGAAGAUGGCUGAUGCAGGCGCCGACAUCUUGGUCGCGCACAUGGGUCUCACAAUGUCUGGCAGUAUUGGCGCAACAAGCGGGAAGAGUUUAGACGACUGCGUCAAGUUGAUCCAGGAGAUUGCUGAUGCAGCGACAAAGAUCAAAGAUGACGUGAUUGUUCUGUGCCAUGGAGGUCCGAUCGCUAAGCCGGAUGAUGCAGAGUAUGUCAUCAGCAGGACGAAGGGUGUACAUGGUUUCUACGGUGCCAGUUCAAUGGAGAGGUUGCCAGUUGAAGAGGCUAUUACUAGCAUUACGAAGACUUUCAAGAACAUCAAACCACGGUAAAUUUGUGAGCAAAGUAUUGAUAAAUUCGUAAAUCGUUAUUGGCC